AUGAUCAUCACUUUCGUUCCGCCAGAAGAUUCCACUUGCCAACUGUCUGACGUCCAAAUUGUUCGUAGAUACAUUGAUAGACCUUCUCUAAAAUAUUUUCGAUAUUUAAAGCGCAGAUGCAAUGGAUUUAUACUUUUCCGCAUAAGUGUCAGUAAUGCUCUAAAGAAAGGUGGUAGAGUUAGAAAUGCGCGUCAGAUUUCGCAACUGGCUUCAACCAUGUGGGAAAGAAUGAAUUCUAGAGAAAAGAGAAGGUACGAAAACCUAUCAGUGACAUUGUCCAGGGAAAAUAUCGAAUGGACAAAUCAAAACGCACCCAUCACAGUACACGAAGCACCUAAUAUGACCUCCAUUGAUAAUCCGAACACCGAGUUUUACGGAUAUUCAAGAAACAUCUGGAGAGACGAAGAUGCCGUAUUAUUUGAACUUUGA